UUGGUCGACUGGUUUUGCUGGCAGAUUGAAUGAAGAAGAAACACUUUGAACAGGAAGAUACAUCCGAUUGAGCUUCUAUUGUUUACAUAUCCAGAUCAUCUGUCACCAUGACAACCAAGCGAGGACUGAUAACCGAUUCGUACAAGGUGUUGAAGAAAGUGAGGAGAGGCGGGAAACGAGGGAAGGCGCCUACUCCUCCUCCACCAGAGAUAGAGGCUGAAAAUCAAUCAGUCAGAGAGGAGGAGCUGCACAAGCUCAUGCAGUUUGAUCUGGACUGGAGAUUUGGGCCCUGCACAGGUAUCAGCAGGCUGCAGAGAUGGGAGAGGGCAAAGCUACAUGGUCUGAACCCACCUGAGGAGAUCAGAUACCUGCUGCUGCAAACACACACUGACCGCGAGUACAACCUGAGCUUAUGGAGCGAGUAUCCUCUGUGAGCACGAAGAUUCAGAGGAUCAAACUCCCAACAAAUGUAAAGUCGGGUCUAUUUUUAUCACCUCAGAAUCAUCAAAAACAUAUUUCAGAGGGAUUGCACAGUCUGCUGUUAAACCCUUAAAAGCUUCAGGAAAAAAAGAGGCAAAGUUUAACGGUAGGGUGUGUGUGUGUGUGUGUGUGGGGUGGGGG